GACUCUCGGUUUCGAUUCAAAGUUGCCCGAAGCUCUCGCACUCCUUUGGAAACGCAGACAACUACUGCAUCAAAGAUGCACGUCGGUAAUCGUCCCCCGGCCGUUAGUUCAGCCGCAGUCUUCUGGAUCGCUUUUACGACUCUCAUUUCUGGUUGCACAGCAGAACUGACUGUGGAAGCUGAGCAUCAGAUGAUAGUGCUACCUGCACCCCACACCUCAGAGCCCUACACCAUAACUAACAUAGCCUGUUUCAUAUCUCAAACGCCGCACAAUGUCCGCUGGAUCACCCCCAACGGUACCCAUGUCCUCACUCAAGCCGGCCAAUAUACCGUCAGUAACGGAGGAAUCGGACUGGCUACUGGGGAAAUGAGAUAUGGCUCCGUACUAAUUAUCCAAGACAUGUCCUACGAGAAUGCAGGUGUGUACGUGUGCGAAGCAAUGAUGGAAGACAACUGCAGCAGUUUCCCCGAAUUUGCAACAAUUCAACUCAUUCUCAAAAUGCAACUGACAGUGACAAGAGGAGAGGUGGAAGUGUCGUACAAUAAGAGUGUGUCCCAGAGCGUCGAGCUCCAAUGCGAAGCCAGUGGCUAUAUUCGCCCAGACAGCGACAUUCGGUGGUUCAAGAACGGCCAGCUGAUAGUGGAAGGAGAGAAACACAGCAUAGAUUUCAAAAGACGGCCGCCCAGAUGCUGCACAGACUGGCUCAAACGAGACAUCACCCAGUCGAAUCUCCACACUCACCAUCGACAGUAUUGAAGAGUCAGACAGCAGUGCCUACUGGUGCCAGUCACUAGUCACCGGAGAGAGAGCAAGCACCAAUCUCUAUGUGGAGCUGGAGCAAGAUCCUGCCUCCACUAUAAUCCCCACUGAGGUUCCUCCGACCUCACAAACCCCAUCUCCACUCACAGAUCCUGCCUCCACUACAAUCCCCACUGAGGUUCCUCUGACCUCAAACCCCUCACAAACCCCAUCUCCGCCCUCUGUAAUGACGAGGACUGGUUCUGCCGACUGCUCGGUGGACAUAGCUGCUGCUGUCAUCACCACUUUCAUCUUCACGGCGGCUCUGGCAGCGGUCGCUGGGUUCGUCGUAGCCUGUCUGUGGUUCAAGGGGAGGCACAGCCGAAAGAUAAAGUCUGGAGUCUCGUCUCCUGACCUCGGGAGCACUGCUCAUGCAACCAGUCACACUAAUGUCUCGGAGCAGGUGGACAUGUACAGGAUCUCCACUGGAGCCGAGCAGGACGAGAUGGAGGGGAGCAGUGGGGAUACACCAGACUCAAAGUGAUUCAUCCCUGUGUGUGUUUUUCAUUCUUCUUUCUUGAGAGGAUUUGUUGAGUU